CCCGCCCCCCCGCCCCAGGAAUCCCCGGGGGCGCGGCAGACUCCCGCGUGCCCCCAGCCUGCCCAGCCCACCCUGGCACCCCAACCAGCACCCCAGCACACGCCUCCGAGGGUCUCUGAGGGCACAGGGGCCUUACUAACGACUAAAGGACAGGCACAAGCAGCCACAGCACCAGAGGAACCCACAGGAAGCUCCAUUAAAGCCUCAGGUGUGUCCCAGAAAGCUCCAGGGUCCCAAAAUAAAUCUUCAGCACCCUCGGACAAAGCUACAGGGUCUUCUGAUAAAGCUAAAGGAUCGUCAGACAAAGCAACAGGUGGGUCUCAAAAAGCUACAGUUUCCCUUAAGUCCACAAGUCCUUCUACAGGGGCAGAAGAAACAUCGACAGGUCCAUCCCAAGGUGCUGCUGCAGGGCCCAAAUCAUCUACGGGACCCUCUUCCAAACCCACGUCGGUCUCGUCCAAAGCCAUGAACUCCAAAUCACAGAAGCCUGGAGGAACGUCACAAAGACUCUCAGCAAAGACACGUGCGAAGACCACUACCUCCACCACAGCCACCACCUCCACAGCCACAGCCUCCUCCACAACCAAGACACUAAAGAAGAACACGACCACCACAGCAUCAAAAAAGACCAAGGCGGUGACUUUCGCAACGCCACAGACAGAUGCCACAGACUUGCAGACAACCAACACCACUACCACAGAGGCUACUAAAACAGCUGCCAAGACUCCUGAAUCAGAUUUGAAGUCCCCACAGACACAAACAGCCAUACAGCCCUCACAAACAGCCCCCAGCACCUUUAACACAGCCACACCAGCCCCCCUCAAGAGAGUCCCCACUAACCCAGCUCUUCACACCUGCUUAGAAAUGGAAAAGGAGGAAAAGCUGAAGGAAGAAGAGGAAGAGGAGAAGACUGAACUGUAGUGAAUGGAAGAGAAAGAAAAUAGAGAAAAUAAUGGAAAGAAAGAAGAAAAUAGAGUAAUUGUAGGCAUAUUACACAUUUUCUUAUUUUUUCUUUAAUAGUUUCACAUACGUGGCCAGAUAUUGAAAUUGAGCAAAUGUGUUAUAGGAAAAAGUGUUAAACAAUGAUAGGACCCAUGCACCUUGUUCAUUUGUGUUUGUAUUAUUGAUGCUAUGAAGGAAAAGGGACGAAUUGGAAGAACAGGCAAUAAAGGUGAUCAACAGGAAAAGACAAAUGGAGAAAAAGAAAGUUGCGUUGAAAUGCGGUCGAGACAGAAAAGGAAAAUACAAAUACCGAGGAAGUGAGAACACAGAAAAAGUGAGAACGAAAAUAGUGAAAGUGGAUAUGGAGAAAAGAAUAAAGGAAAUGUGAACCAAAAAGAGCAAAAGCAAGACACCUCAUGGGAAAUUAAGAUCAGGUGAGUGCAGGUCAAAACGAAGAGCCGGAAAACAAAACACGACCAUGAGGAGAGAGAGAGAGAGAGAAACGACGCCUCCGCAGAAAUUCACAGAGGAAAUGCUGAAGGCAAAAAGUAAAUAGCAAAUACAAAGAACAGAAACAGUAAGAGAUGCAGCUCGGAGGUGGAGGAUUAGGAGGGAGAAAGAAGAAUAACAAGGAAAAGCCAGAGAAAUGAAGGAUGGCUGAUGAUGGCACAGUGGUUGGUACCCUCUACACCCCCCCAAGAGGUCCAGGGUUCGCAUCCCAGCCUCUGCACUUGUUAACCUGUUCACCCACUCACCUGUGUCUGCUCACCUGGUGGGAAGAUGGAGGUACACCUGGAUUUUGUAGCUAAUUUGGGGCUAGUUGGAGAAAGAUAGACUGCACACACACACACACACACACACACACACACACACACACACACACACACACACACUACACACAUACACACACACACACACACACAAACCUCUUUUCAAUUCAUCCUGAGUGUGGGAAGGACUUAGUGUUCUCCCCUCCUCCUCCUCUUCCUCCUCCUCCACUGCCCCUGAUUUUUCUCAUCCUCUUCAUGUAUUUCCUUCACUUUCCUUGAUCCUCUUCCUCCUCCUCCUCCUCUUCUUCCUCUUCCUCCUCCUCAUAAACACAACACUACAAAACAACUCCAAGCUAACAUGUCACAACCCAUCACUGUAUUUGCACUGUAUUUCAUGUUGAGAACUUAUUUCACACUCAUCAAAAGUUAAUAGAAAAAAGUAAUAAAUGGGUCGUGAAAAGUUGAUAGGAACAAAAGUAACAUUGGGAUCAUAAAAAAGUUGAGUGCAAAAAUGUAGCAUUGAGCUCAUAACAAAAGUAGAGGAUAGCAAGUAGACUAAACCCCCCCACAAAAAAUACUAUGACAUGUACGGUAGUUCAGAGUUUGAGUAUUAGUGACUUUUUUGUGGGUUUGGGGUUUGUAAAUGCUGGAGAUAUAUUUAACUUCUUUGUGAAUGGUUGAUGACCUUAGGGAAGUGCUGGGAAGGUUGAUGAGUGCACUGAAGGUAAAAAAGAACUAGCAGUGAGAACAGAAAUAGAAAGAGAUGAGGCUUGGAAAUUCAUACACCAAAGUUUUACAAGAGCAAAAGAAGGCACAGAUUAUCAAGUGAUGCAACGAGGAAAAGUUGGUUACAAAAAAAGAAAAAAAAAAAAAAACUAGUGGAUUUCUUCAUUAGUAAAAUCUCAUGAUGAUCAAGGUUGUAUAUGGAGUUAAUUUGAUGAGUUGAAAAAAGGAAAAAACAUGUAAUAAAGUAAAUAGAAGCUACAUUAAUCACAAAAAGAAUUGACGAGUGCAACAUUCAUCAACAUGGCUUUUAGAGUAAUGAAUUCAGGGGUAAUUAGAGGACAUUUGAAUGAGAAAUGUCACAGCAGAAAAAUAUAAUUACAAACAGCAAAGCAACAUUACGGAGAAGGAAAAAAAAUAGUUAACACGGAAACAAGUGCGACAAAUUUUAUCUUGUGUGGGAUUUUAGAGUGAUGACGCGGCGUGAAAGAAUAACAGCAUGGACGGCAAUAGACAUGAUGAAGGACAGGGAAAAACAUUGGGCUCUUUUCGACAUACGACAAAAAGAAAAAAGCACUCAGAGAAACAACUACAAAUGUGUCAGUAAUGGUCCUUUUCUCUGUAUUCGUAAACUUUCAUAUAUUUUCACUUCAUUCCCGUCAGCAAAAUAGUUCAUUAAAGUUGACCUUCACAAGACAUCAAUCAAAAAUCAUAAACAUUUCAUCACCCAUCAUAAUCUACACACACACACACACACACUCCCAUACACAAUUCACUCUAAUAACAUUUUCCCUCAUACAGUGAAACAGAUUAUUAUUUUUUCACUUAACUUAUUUUUUUCAAGGUUUAUGUUCAUGAGGUACUACAUAAUUAGAAAAUAAAAUAGGACAUGACCUGGGAAGUACCAGAUAAUGGUAAUAAUAAUGGAAAUAAUAGUUGUGAUAAUGUAAAGGUAAUUAGGUCUGGUAAUGGUGUCGACUCUUCAGUGGUCUGUCUGAAACGAUCCAUUAGUUAAGGUUGGAAGAAGAUGAGAGUCGCAGGUUAACGAGCCAACGAGGGGCUGGGCCAAUUAGCAUCACCUGUCGUAAUUACCUGCAGCAUAACGGCCCCGCGCAGCACCAGGGACGGUAAUUGUUUGAAUGUAAUUAUCUCGACAAGUCCAUUAUAUGUAAGAUUAUAUUUUUACACUAUAAAAAGUAUUAUUAUUAUUACUUUAAAAAUAUGUAAUUAUAAGAGAUUGAACAAGGACAAAGUUUACCCCCCUCUUUCCCAAUUCUUCUCUCCUUCUCCCGCUCUCUCCUCUCUUCUCCAAAUUCCCCUCUCCUUGUCCUCUCCCCUUUCCUAAUUCCCCUCUCCCCUCUUCUAAUUCUCUUUUAUUCUCUCUCUUCCUCUCUUCCUUCCUUCCCAUGUUUUGCUCCAUCUCCUUCUAAUUCCCCUUUCUCCCUCUCUUCUACUCUCUUUUCCCUCCUAAUUUUAUCUAUAUCCCUCUCCUAAUCCCCUCUUCCCCUUCUUUUUCCCUCUCUUUUCCCUCUCUUUCCCCUCUUUCCCUUCAGAUUUUACCCCUCCCCCUCUCUCUCUCUUUUGCUUCCCUUUUUCUUUCCUUUUAACUUCACUUCACUUUAAUUUCACUCUCCAUCCCUUCCCCUCUUCCUUCUCCACUUACCUCCAGUCCACUUCCUUCCCCCCACAUCCCUCCCUUUCCCCUCACCUGCAGGAAAUAAAAAGUAUAUAAUUAUAGUCAGGUGUUAAUUAGAAAGCUACAGGUACAUUAAGGAAAUGGAAGGAGUGCAUCAGUGAUUUUUUUACAUUUAUACAGACGGCAUUUAUCUCGGCUGUUUUUCUCAUAGUCGCUCUGCCUUUCCCUCUUCCUUCCCCCUUCCCUCCCUUCCCCCUAACUCUUGCCCCUUCCUUCCCCUUCCCCUCUCCUCCCCUCUCCCCCAUAUCACCAGAAAGCCCCCAAAUUCUCUCCUGUACAGUUUGUGUUGUAGUGAAAUAGAGUAUGACUAUUGUAGGAUUAGCACACACACACACACACACACACACACACACACACACACACACACACACACACACACACACACACUAAAAAAAUGUAAAUAGCAUUACCUUCUACCCCUCCUUUUUUUCUCUUUUGGAAUUCUGUAACUUUUAUUUGUAUGAUUUUAUUUGCAUUUUUUUUUUCAAUACUGAGAUGAUUCCGUCGGCGUCACUCAUGCAUUUGGUGUGUACAUAGAUAUUUACAGGAAAUUAGUUCACUGAUGUUCUUUAAUCUAAUUGCUUCACAUAUAUAUUUUUUUUUAAGUUUACCUUUGAAAUUCCGCAAAAAAAGCAAUACAGUCGUGGCAUUCAGUUUCAUUUCAAUAUUUUUUUCCAUGCGUCUGGAAUCAUUUUCAAUAGUCAAAGUAACGGAGAUGUCAGUUUUCAAUUUUUUGUUUCCCAUUUUCUUUUUGCGGAACAGUAAAUAUGUUUAAAUUCUGUCACAUCAUUUUUCACCUUUUUUGUAUUUUCUUUUUCGUCUGUGUUUUACCAAAGAGUUUCCGUACACAAGACUCGUAAACACGGUAGGAAUGUAAGGUCUCGGGAAGUGUAAAUACUGAAGGAGGAGGAAUGGCUUAAGACUUACACCCACUCACCCGCUCACCCGCUUCACCUUCCAAUAAUUGGUUUGCACACCUGCAGAGGAUCCCAGCGAGGAAAAAAUAAUACACAGUAAAGAAAUAUAUUGCCUGGAGAAAACAGAUAAUGGAGUUUUUCUUUUUAUUUAUUGUUUUAAGUGAAGGAUUACAAGUGUGUAUAUUCAUGGAAGAAUGUAAUCUUUUAGCUGAGUAAAUGAAGUUAUGACAGGGAGCUGCAUUUGCUAUAUAAUUUUAAGUUUUCUUUCCACACACUCAAAAGAAGUCUAGAAUGAAGUUGCAUUUUUAACCACAUAAACUGAGAGACUUAACAAUUGAAAAUGAAUAUACUACGAGGAAUAGCGAUGAAGAUACAUUGCUCAUGAUAGCUGACAAAUAUAUGUAAAGAAAUGAUAAAUAUGAAUUUCAAUGUUGUCAUAAAUACAUGUAAAUAGCAUUCAUCAAAAAUACAAUCAUCACUUUAUCAUACAUCACCAAAAUAUUAGGUGAUGCUGAUGAUCUUGAUAGUGACAAUGAUGAUGAUGAUAAUGAUGACAAUGAUCACAAUGAUGACAAUGAUGACAAUGAUAAUGAUGACAAAGAGUGAGAGAGAUCCUUCACUUAGUACUCUAUUUGACUUAAGGUGAGAAUGCAUCAGAGCAGAAGCCUUGCCCACUACCCUCCUACCUGAUUCUAUAUAUACCUGAAGCCAGAUUUCACUUAACCCCUAUUGGAUCAGCUGUCAACCAAUUCCCAGCACCAGACCAGCCGUGCCCUUCCUCUAUCACCCAUGGGAGGAACUACUUUCCUGGCGUGUUCUCACCUUAGGCUGAACAGUCCGUACCCCAGACCACCACCUUUGCUCUCGACACAACAAACAACCCAAUGAAACAAAUGACCCGUUCCUUUAUGUUGCGUGCCCCUCUACUCAGUCGGUGGUUCCCCGGUUCACCCCGUAACUCAAUGUGUUGGUGUGGUCAGUGUCUCUGUGCAACUCAAUAACAAUAAAUAAUAACAGUAACAAUAAUAAAAGUACCGAGGAAUGAUUAAUACUGAUAUCCGUCAUGACUCGUGCAUCCCGUAGUGGACCUGACUCAUAGUGGACUCUUUUCUUCAUCCUUUACUCGGCAAGGUAAACUGAUGGACUCCCUUGUGACUCUUUUGGUGCUGUUUGAUGAUGUAACUGGCAUGAGGCAACAGCUGCAGCACCUUCACUGUUGAUACGAAUUAGUCAGCCCUUCCUUGUUUUUAAAUGUUUCUCUUUUUUCUUCUCCUUGUUUCGGUCUUUUUCCAUCCUGUUUUCCUGCCCUCCUUCCUGUGCUAUAUUUUCUUUCUUUUUUUUUCCUGUUAGUCUAUCUUUUUUCUUUCCUUCCUUCCUCCCUUUCUUCCCUCUUUUCCUCUUUUUUCUUAAUUUCUUAUUUUGUUUUUACCUUUAUUUUUUUCUUCCUUUUUUUCUCCCUCCCUGCCUAUUUUCCUUUCUUCUGUAUUUUUCUUUCUUGCUUACUUUCUAACUUCCUUGAUCUUCUUCCUUCUUUAUCUUCCUCCCUUUUUUCCAUCCUUCCUGCCUUCUUUUCCUUUUGGUGAAUUCAUAUAUAAUUCACUUCUCUCCUUUUUUUCUUGUUUCCCUCAAUCCUUUCCCAUCUUUUUUCCUUUCUUUUAUCCUGUCUUUGAUUCCCUUUUAUUUUUCUCUCCUCUCCAUUUUCCUUCACACAAAUAACCAACUAACACAAAAGACGAUUCUGAUUUACACUGCCUCCUCCUCCUCCCCCUCCCUUCCUCUUGACAUAUAAAAAAAGUAAAUCAAGAUAAAAGUAAGUAAUUGUAUCUUCAGAGGUAGAAAGCCAAAGAAAAAACUAAAAAAAGGAAACAAUUAUGGUGCUCAAAGAAUUAAAAAUGAAUAAGAAAUAAGGAAUGAGAGAUUAACGGAAUUGUGUCCUACUCCUUCGUCUGGUCUGCCUAGUCAUUUCUGUCUUGCUGCUUGUCUUCUCUUAUUCUGUUCCUUAUACUUUUCUUCCUAUUUCUUUUACUUCCUCUUUUAGCAUUACUUGUAUCUUUUUUAUAUAUUUGUUGUCAUAAUGCAUCUUUUUCUAUUUAUUUUUUACUCCUGUUUAUUUGUCUUUUCCUCCUUUUUUUAUUUUUUUUUGUCAUAACUGGUAUCUUUUUCUAUUUAUUUUUUUAUUCCUGUUUCUUUAUUUUUUCCUUAUUUAUCGUCCUUACAAUUCUUCAUGCUUGGUAAUAAUUUGUACCUUUUCAGUUCCAUCUCUUAUAUUUGCAUAAUUAAACAUUGAUACUCUUUUUCUUUUCUGAUUAUAUAUAUUUUUCAUCAAUUUGCAUUUUCUUCCUUGAUUAUAAUUUUUUUGCUCAUAAAAAAUUACCUUCUCUGUUAUUCACCCUUUCCCUUUUUCAUGUCAUAAUAUCUUUUUUUCUAACUCCAUCUUUUUUUUUCCUUUCCUUUCCUUUGAUUGGCUGACAUUCAGUUUACAGGAAACACUUUGCACAACGUUACUUUCAGUCUUGACUUUGUUGUUCUGUGCCUUCAUUAUACAUCUACUUUCAUCCCAUUAUUUCUCUUAUCUCAACCCACUAAUCUUUUCCUCUGUAUAAAGCAAAGUUUUCACACACAAACAACUUUCGACUAAUCAAAAAUAAUAAAAAAAUUUCUAUAUAUAUAAAUAUUUAUCAAGCAGAGUCUCUGUGUAUGUACGAUAUGUAACUAUGUGUAUAUGUGUACGUAUAGUAGCCGUGUGCGUUCUAGUCUGUGUGUUCCUUUUAUGUACGGCAAAUAAUUCUUAAAAUUAAAAACCUAC